GGAGGAGGAAAGCAGCAUCCUUCAUCAGAGGAGAGAAAAGAGGCAAAGAAGAGGCAGAGAAAACGCUGGGACAGAGAAGAAAACCAAGGAGGGGAAGAAAGACAGAUGGUGUCUGAGAGGGGGACAGACAGAGGGACAAGAGACAAAAACAGACAAAGGAGACAGGAAGAGAGAGAGGCUGUAAAAUCCAUCCUGUGGGCCGGAGCCGAUCAGCUGACUGCAACUCACCGGGGAGGAGGAGGAGCCAUGAUGGGCAAGGAUUACAUGCUGGCUAUCAUCAUCGUCAACUAUGAUGAUAAUAUCUGGACAGACCAGAACCUCCUUCUGGAUCCAGAUCUUCCCUCUGGCUGGAGGACCAUAAAAGACUCCACUGGGACCUACUACUGGCACAUUCCUACUGGUACCACCCAGUGGCAGCAUCCUCGCCUUACUGGGAUACCAAAGCCUCUUGAAACACAACAGGAAGAGGGAGUAGAGCAGAGCUGCAGUACAGAGGCACAGGGAGCUGCUGAGGAAUGGUCUUCAUUCCAGGAUGAUUACCUCAGCAACCAUGACCCCGACUCGAAGUGCUUUGCUGUUCGCUCUCUAGGCUGGCUGCAGGUGGAGGAGGAGGAUCUUUCUCCCGGGCGCAGCAGCUUAGCUGUCAGUAACGUCAUCCAGCAGCUGUCUCACUGCAGCAGUCCGGAGCAGAGAGACAGGUCGGGGGCCUGGGGGGAGGGUCGGGAGAUGAUGCUGGUUCUAAAGAAAGAUACCUUGACCCUGUUGGACCCAUUAGACCACACCCCUCUCCACUGUCAGCCAAUCAUCAACAUUCGUGUGUGGGGGGUGGGCUGUAACAAUGGCAGGGACAGGGACUUUGCCUUUGUGGCUGGAGAUAAGGACAGCUGUGUUCUGAAGUGUCAUGUGUUUCGGUGUAACGCUCCAGCCAAAGCAAUCGCAUCAGCUCUCCACGAGAUGUGCUCAAAGAUGAUCUCAGAGAAAUCCGUGAUGAGGCCUUCACGCUCUCUCACCAUGGAGAGUAUCUCACCUGAAGACCUACCCAGACAAGUGGAGUUUUUAGAGGCAGUGCGGCAGCAGGUCCAGAAAUUUGAGGUGCAGUACAUCGGAAACCUUCCAGUGUCCAGAGCUAUGGGGAUGGAGGUUUUGAACAGAGCCAUCGAGAGCAUUAUGAACUCUACAGACCGGGAUGACUGGGAGCCAACAGUGAUUCACAUCAACGACAAAGUUCUUUCUCUGUGGAAGGGGGAGGCUGGAGACCAGCCCCUCUGGGAGUGUCAGGUACGUUUCCUCACCUUUCUGGGUGUCGGGCACGACAGCCGCACCUUCGCCGUGAUUGUUGAUGCCGGCACACAGCAGUUUGAGUGUCACGUGUUCUGGUGCGAACCGGAUGCAGGGAUCAUCUCCGAGGCUGUCCAGGCUGCCUGCAUGGUCCAGUACCAGAAGUGUCUGGUGGCUCAGACUCCACCUCCUAGAACCAAAUCAUGGCGUGUGACUCCAUCAAAGGUGAAACGAGCAAACUCGAUGGAUGGAGCCGCCUUUCCGCCACUCUCAUCGCAUCACAUCAGAAGCAGCAGCUCCAGCCUGAUGAGUGCAACCAAGGGCGGCAGCAACAAUGUCAGGAAAGGGAUGAUGGCAUUCUUUGAGACGUUCCGCAACAAACAAACUGCCACCUCAUAGUGAUGGGGGCAGGGCCGCUGGAUGCUGUCGUUAAACUGGACUGAAAUCCCCAGGCCAGCAUCUAAACCGGCUGAAACUCUGGGGCUAGGUCCACCAGAGGAGCAGCUACUUGAUGAAUGUCUGCAGAUGUCUGACCAAUCAGAACCAUUGAUUCCUGCACUUCUUCCCUUAUAGAGCAAACCAAACUGUAGAAAGAACAUAAACUGAACUGACUCAGGGUCUUCAGGUUUGAAAUGUGAAUUAAAAAAACCUCUCCUUGACAAAAACAACUAUGAACCUUUUGGUGAAGUGAUCAGGAAUCAGAAGGAUUUCUGCAUCUGAUUUUCCUGAAAUGAUCUUAAAAUGCAGAAAUGAGGAAUUAGAGCAGAACAGAUUUAGUUUGUAUGUUUGCCCAUGCUUCAACUGGAGUUGGACCUUAGACUCAGUCAUACAGCUAAAAGUAGCAGUGAGGGCUUCUGACCACCAGGGGGCAGGAAUUAGCCUGAAGUUAUGGCACCAUUAGGGCGGCUGACAUAACCAUAGAAAAAGCUGUUUUUUCUCCUGGAUGGUUGAAGGUUUUGCAGGUUUAGUCUGUUUUUAGGUUUCAGAAAGUUAUAAGCUGUAGAGGCUUGUUUUGUCUGUAGCUAAGAUCAACCAGUUUAGCCCAGAAACAUUUAAUGAUGUCAUGUAUAAAAUAACCUGAAUAAAAUAAA